AUGGCGUCGUUUGAACAAGCACCACCCGGUGAUUCCAAAGCCGGAGAUAAAAUCUUUAGAACCAAAUGCGCUCAGUGCCACACCGUAGAAAAAGGUGCCGGCCACAAGCAAGGACCAAAUCUGAAUGGUUUAUUUGGAAGGCAAUCAGGCACUACUCCCGGUUAUUCCUACUCAGCAGCUAACAAGGCCAUGGCUGUGAAUUGGGAGGAAAAGACUUUAUAUGAUUACUUGCUUAAUCCCAAAAAGUAUAUUCCAGGGACUAAGAUGGUGUUUCCGGGUCUUAAGAAACCCCAAGAACGAGCAGAUCUUAUUGCAUAUCUGAAGGAAGCCACUGCCUAA